AGUUGCUAUUUACGUAUUGCCCCUUUUGUCUUCUCCCGUGGCCAGUUUUUGCGUCAAAACGCUGGCGGUGUCGGGAGAGGACGAUGAUCUCCUCGACAAGCCGGCUGGGAUCCAGUGGACCGGCCCUGACAGGGAUAGACAAGCAGGGAAAGUGUCACUUCGAGUCUCCUGCUGGUAUUGGCUGAAGGUUCAGCCUGCCUUGACGGAUGCCUUUGAGUGAAAUGUGGUAGAGACGGGAGAUCGUCCUCUAGUUGUCGGGAGCAGUGUGUGAGAGGAAAGAGGGUGUGUGUAUGUGGGCUCUCCGAAAUCUGACACGACCAGACACUCAAUCCUGUAAGCGAGAUGCAGGAUUGGCUUCAUGAAUGACUCCUGCGUACGAUUAUCCUUGGAGAGGCAAGAUAGACAGUGGGCCACAUGGGAGCCAGCCAUGGCUUCCCUCCCAACGGACAUGACUGCCUUGCCUGGACUCGUCUGCCUGCCUUCCUGCCUGUCUCACCCUCCAUUGCUUCUUUCGAUCACAGACACUCGCAGACUGGCCAUUUGCAGCGCCUUCAUCUCAAUUCCGCAGGUCCAGCGUGUCGGGCGCGCCAAACCCCCAGGUUCCCUGCAAGUCCGAACGAAAGGGCCAAAUGGACGAAAGUUGACGCCGCGUCGCGGGAGCGAAAACAAAGGAAACAAAGGGAAAAUCAGCCUAGAGAUGCAGCCACCAUCAUUCGGACAUUGUGCGGAUCCAUGGCGCUGGGUCUUUACCCACUUUCUCAAUCUCGCCCUCUGCGCUCCUCUUUCUCUUCGCUCCUUCUUCUCCCCUACCCCCUCCCCUCACCCUCCAAUGUCAUACAGAUAGCCCAGGGAUGAUCCUACAACCGUCACAAAAGAAAACAUAACCUACUGCUGGGAAU